AUGUGGUUUUGGAAUGCAGAAAAGGAGGCUAGUGAUGCACAAUCUUCUUUGAAAAGUCCUCCGGAUGAUGUGGAAGAGGCAGCUGAGGUUUUAAACAGAGCACUUAAAGGGGAUAUCAAUGACAAAGGCACAAAAGACGCUAUAGCGUCACAUCAAACAUCGCAAUCAACCAAAAGCAUGAGAGAUCUUGCGAAUAUAAGGGCAAAAUCAAUAAAAUUAAGUGAAUUUCCAAAAGAAAUGUCAUGUCUUACCGCUAUGGAUGAACUUUUAGAAUGCAUGUCUAUGGGAGGACAAAUAAGAAAUUAUUACAGGUACGGGGACUUCACGAUGUGCGACAAACAAACAAAGAAGUUGGAUUUUUGUAUUAGAAAUAAGGGUAAACCUAAUGAGGUGAAAGAGGAAAAUGUGCAGCGAUAUUAUAAAGACAGGCUCAUUGAGAAAUUGAAAAGAGGAAGUAGUGAAGAUGUAUGGGAGUCGAGGAAAUAG